UGUUGCAUCGCUGUUAAAUGUGAUGUUAACAAGUUGACGUCGGUCUAUUUUGAUCGAAUCGAGUUGGGAUUUUUCCCAGAUCUUUAAUUUGCUGCAACAGGUUCCCAACGCAAUUCCCCCAUUCCAUUUCGUUACGUUAGGUUGCAUACGGUUGAAAAUACUGUAUGAUUUAGUCACAACCAGUUGGACUGCCCACCAGUGAAAGAUGAGUGGCACCGAAACGGCGGAAGCCCAGGCAGAGGCUCGAAAUGCUGCGAAUGAAAACAGGACCAGGUCGCGGUCCCACCUUGAUGACACCAUUGCCAUCCGCCUGUUGCCGCUGCCCGUGCGCCAGCAAUUAUGUGCUCAUCUGGACGCCCUGGAUGUGUGGCAUCUGAUGGCAGAGACCGUAAAACUAUAUUCGGACCAAGUGGAGCAGAUCAUGAGCCAAAAACAGUGCGGACGCUCAGCCUCUAACGAAUUUCUUAACAUCUGGGGCGGCCAGUACAAUCACACGGUUCAAACUUUAUUUGCUUUGUUUAAGAAAUUGCAGCUCCAUAACGCCAUGCGACUGAUUAAAGACUUUGUAAGCGAGGAUCUGCACAAGUACAUCCCUGCGAGCGUGCCAACUAUAAGUGAACUGCGGGCUCCGGUCAAUUCUAGUGCCAAAGUGAACAAUGGGCCACCGUUUCCUUCUUCUUCGGGUGUGAGCAAUUCGAACAACAAUCGUACUAGCACGACGUCAGAGGAGAUUCCUAGUUUAGAGUCCCUCGGCAAUAUUCACAUCAGCACGGUUCAGAAAGCAGCCAAGUCCCUGCUACAGAUCGAUUAUUCAGAGCUGGUGAGUGCAACGGAUAACUGGAGUUCCGAAAAUCGACUUGGUCAGGGUGGGUUUGGAGACGUUUACCGCGGCGAUCUGAAGCAUUGGGAGGUUGCCAUCAAGGUUAUGAACUACCGCAGUCCCAACUUCGACCAAAAUCAAGUGGAGUUGCAGCAGAGCUACAACGAACUGAAGUACCUCAACGAAGUUAGGCACGACAACAUUCUGGCUCUCUAUGGCUACAGCAUUAAUGGGGAGAAGCCCUGCCUGGUCUACCAGCUGAUGAAAGGUGGCUCCCUGGAAAGUCGUCUAAGAGCGCACAAAUCCCAGAAAACACUCCCACCUCUGACCUGGCGGCAGAGGUUCAGCAUAAGCCUCGGGACAGCCAGAGGCCUUUACUUCCUGCACACGACCAGGGGCACUCCGCUUAUCCACGGAGACAUCAAGCCAGCGAACAUUCUGCUGGAUGAAUGCCUGCAGCCCAAGAUUGGUGAUUUUGGACUGGCCCGCGAGGGUCCCAAGUCCAUUGGCGCAGUGAUGAAAAUAAAAAAAGUUUUUGGGACCAGGAUCUAUUUGCCACCAGAGUUCCGCAACUAUAAGCAAUUAAGCACUGGAGUGGACGUCUACAGCUAUGGCAUUGUGCUGCUGGAGGUGUUUACAGGACGCCAGGUUACUGACCGACUGCCGAAUAACGAUAUUCAGCAGGAUUUGCUGCAUUAUGUCAAGCAACACUGGCGACAAAAUCCAGUGGAGGUGCUGGACAAACAAGUGCCCACACCCAUGGGCAUCGAGCUGGACAUGUGCCUUUGUGCCAUCGAGACGGGAUUAAAAUGCACCGCUGUGGAUCCGCAAGAUCGACCGUCGAUGGACGCGGUGGCCAACCGCUUUGAUCAAUUCCGCAAAUUUUUUAAAGAUCAUUAAGUGCCUUUUUAUACAAAACGACGAACUUGUAAAGCUCGAAGCGCAAUUUUUAUAUAUACAUACCUACAAUGUUUUGCAAAAAGCUAAAUUGUGUGAUCAAUAUUUAAUACACUCCAAAAUCAAGAAACAACUUUCAAAGACUUGAAGUUAUAUUUAAAAUAUACGUUUUGUAAUACAUCAUUGUAUAUUAAGAUGUUUUGAUAAAUAAAGU